GCGCAUUAGGUGCAAACCCUGUCUGAGCCUCUCCAUCCACGACCUCCGCAAGCUUCUCCGUCGGUUCAACGUCCAGAACUGAUUUGCGGGGUUUGCUACACAUUCCUAGCCCCUACUCGCGUUUAUCCCGUUCUCAUAAACCGGAACAGCAAUCUGCCUCAAACACAAAUCCUCACCAGAAUACUUCCCCGGCGGUAGCCAUCUCACAGAUCUCUCCCAGACUUGCAUCCGACCUUGCAUGCAAAUCGCAGCCUGUCAGCCAUAGCCUAUCACCUAUUCACACAAAAUGGGCCUUAAAAGAAGGAGUGCAUCGCAACACACGAGCCCCACGAAACUCCCUCGACAGACCAGGCGUUCAUCCGAAUCGAGCAAUGCCGUCGAGCCAAAGCCCCCGAGAGUGCCGCUAACGGUGCGGGAAACGGCACAGAUGUUGCGGAAGAUCCCGCAAAUGUCACUCGAGGACAUUGAAGGCUUGGAAAAGGACCUCUCAGCCGAAUACAGACGUUUGUCGACAGAGUUUGCGCGCUCGCGGUUGCCUCGGAUCAAUGAGUUGAUCAAGCUCAUCGACGAGUCUUUGAAUGUUUCCGAGCUCAACCACCGGUACUACACGGACUAUGUGAGUUUUACGGUGGGCGAAUUCGACAAGCACAACGCCCAGUUCUACAAAAAAUGCGCCUCUACCGCACCGGAAGUGAGCCCCACAAAGCGCCGCGCCCCAGUCGCUAGAACGGCCUCCGUCUCCUUGGAAAAACUAUUGAAGGCAGAGCCCACCAUCCCACAUCCCACCGAGUUCAAGUUUUUCCCACAGGCCUGGAAGCAGAUCGAACAGCCGUACCAGCGCGAGUUCAAACGCCUCUUGACGUCGCACAAGUACGCCACAACGCUCAUUGCGCAGAAUGCGGAAACCAGCCGAAUCCUCAUCUGGAAGCAAUACUUCGACUCCAGGCAGAAGGAAAAGGAAGCACUAAUCGCCAGAACCAAUAAAGAGUUGUAUGAAUUGGAGAAGGAGUAUCGCGGCGUUAAUAACCAUACGAUUGACUACCAUGACGACGCGGUGUACAUCAGAUCGUUGCGCAAGCCCACCGACAAGAAAGCAAACAAGGCGGGCAAGUUGGAGAUUAAAAAGCGCGUGAUUGCAAACUAUGCCCGGGACGAGAGGAAGCUCGCAGAGAUGGAUUACAGUAAGAUGUCUUCGAUUACUGCCUUACAGACCAGCGAGGUGCUAAAUGAUCUCUACAUGAUCAAGGAACGCCGGAAGAACCCAGCAGACUUUUACGAAUACGCCUAUGAAACGUCAAAGUUCCGCGAAGUCAUUCCUCUUCCGGCCAACCAGGUUGGUAACGAGCACAACGAGGAGGAGAGCGAGCCAGAGACCGCUGAAGUGGCUGCUAUCAACUCCGAGUACCCGCCUCUGUUUGAGCCACCCUUUCCGUAUAUGAUGCAUCCUUUCUUCCCGUCUCAGUACGGCGAAAUGCCUCCACCCUUACCCUACCCCCACGGCGAAGCCCAGCCGUUUAUGCAUCCGUUCCAGGGGUUUCCCCCGCCUCCAAUGGGAUUCCCAGAGGAUGGCAUGCGUCCACCGGCUAUGGGGUAUCCGCCAAUGCCCUACUUUUACCCACCGGGAAUGCCGUUUCGUCCGUCUGCCGACUCUUCCCGGUCGCUGUCACCUGUGGAUUCUGUUCCGGACCAACCUACCAAGGAGCCAACGGGAGAGCUCCAGCCAAGCAGCGUCCCGAUCAAAGAGGAACAGCCGCAGGAAGUUAUCCAUCUUCCUGAGUUGCAACUUCCUGGGCGUCUUCCUGGGCAUCUUCCUGGGCGUCUUCCUGACCAUCUUUAUGAACGACCCGACCCUUUCCAUACUCACCAUCCUGACUCCCUUCCUAGAUUGCAUCUUCCCGGUGCGAGCCCCUAUCUGGAAGCUCUCCAGUCUGAAGUGGUCCAACCCGCAUCCAAUAUGCUGCGGGAGAUGCCCAUGGAAGUUGUGCACCUUCCUGCAAUUACAAACGUGCUUCUGGGGAUGAGCACUGUGAAGCCGCGCUCUAGACCAGCCUCGCCCUUACUGAUUAACCGUGUAUUGAAUGCCGAAGAGCCGGUGCAUGUGGCGUUGCCGGAAGUGAAGAAAAUCCUGGUCAUUGAGAUUUCCAAUCCAUAAAGAAUGAGGAAAUGUCUAACUCAUAGACAAGAAUGAGGAUAUGUCUAAACGAUAUUUUGUCAAUGAGAUGGUAUCAAUAUAUCACGGAUGAAUGUAAGGAUAAGUCAAGGAC